AUGUCGUCACGGAAGAAGGUGAUGCUCAAGAUCAUUAUUCUAGGAGAUAGUGGUGUCGGAAAAACCAGUUUAAUGAACCAAUAUGUCAACAAGAAGUUCAGCGCAAGUUACAAGGCAACGAUUGGUGCCGAUUUUCUUACGAAGGAAGUCCUGGUUGAUGACCGAGUCGUAACGAUGCAGAUUUGGGAUACCGCCGGGCAAGAACGUUUCCAGUCUUUGGGCGUUGCUUUCUACCGGGGUGCUGACUGCUGUGUUCUUGUGUAUGAUGUGAACAAUUCCAAAAGUUUUGAGGCACUUGACAGUUGGCGCGACGAGUUCCUCAUCCAAGCUAGCCCUCGUGACCCGGAGAGCUUCCCAUUUGUCGUGAUCGGCAACAAGAUUGAUGUGGAGGAGAGCAAGCGCAUGAUUUCUUCUAAACGAGCCAUGACAUUUUGCCAGUCCAAGGGGAACAUCCCAUACUUUGAAACCAGCGCAAAGGAGGCUGUCAAUGUUGAACAGGCCUUUGAAGUCAUUGCUCGGAGCGCUCUCGCCCAGGAAGAGUCGGAAGAAUAUGGCGGCGCUGACUACACAGACCCGAUCAAUAUCCACGAUAACAGCGAACGUGACGGAUGCGCCUGCUGA